AUAGAGUAUAAUCUCAGUCUAAUCUGUCGUGUUAACAGUUGAGAUUAACUAUAACAUAUAGCAGAUACACGUACGGUAUACUUUUACUUUUGACUUGAAUGAAAACAAACACACUCAGGCCUUUCUGUGCCAAGACUGUCAGAUUUGCAUCGGUGGCAGAAGGUGGGACCAAAUCCCUCGCCGGGCCCAGGACUGAUUAAUGAUGACAGGGGAUUAGGAGGAGGGUCAGAACCUGGUUACUACAGUCUUACUCCACUGCUGCUGCUGCUGCUGCUGCGGCUUCUUUCAUCCAAACUGUGUCACUACGGCCACAUUGUUGUGUCGCAAACAGAGAAGCCGAGGAACGCCAGCAAGAGGAGAACGCGACAAGACCGGGAAAUGACGUGAAUGCUGAGUCUCAAAGAGUUGCCAGCACCUGUAAUAAAACCAGUAUGCCGAGUCCACAUGAUAUUGAUCAUGACAACCAGGCUAAGCUGCUUAUGAAAGAACCUGCGGUGAACUGUUCAACCAACCCCCCUCCCACUGAUCUCCAACACCCCCUGGAGGAUAACCUGUUCCUCUCCCUUCAUCCACCCGUGUCCCACCCUUAAUCCAAGAAAAACAGACAUGGCGGUCUUGAGAGUGAAGUUCACCAAGACCAAGAGGGACAAGUUGGCCCAGGUGCUGUGGAUCCUCAACUGGAUCUCCGUGGUGACGGGAGCCAUCCUCUUCAGUCUGGGGCUUUUCCUCAAGGUGGAGAUCAACAAGCGAGUAGAGGUGAUGGCUGAGAGGGACAUCCAGUACAUGCCCAACAUGCUCAUCGCCGUGGGCCUCAUCGCCUGUGCCAUCAACUUCCUGGGUGGGAAGAUCUGCUACGACUGCGUGGACAGCACCAAGUUCUUGCGCUGGAAGCUGAUCAUGCUCCCCUACAUCAUAUGCACCUUCUUCUUCACCUUCUGCGUGCUGGUGGGCGCUCUGAUGUGCUACAGCAUGCGCGGGGAGCUGGAGGAGUCUCUGAACCUGGGCCUGACUGAGGCCAUGAAGUUUUACAAGGACACGGACACGCCGGGGAGAUGUUUCCUCAAGCGCACCAUGGACAUCCUGCAGAUAGAGUUCAAGUGCUGCGGCAACAGUGGCUACAGAGACUGGUUUCAAAUGCAGUGGAUCAGUAACCGGUACCUGGACAUGUCUCAGAAAGAGGUGGUGGACCGAUUAAGGAGUAACGUGGAGGGGAAGUACCUGAUGGACGCCGUCCCCUUCAGCUGCUGCAACGUUAACUCCCCGCGGCCCUGCAUCCAAACGCAGAUCACCAACAACUCGGCCCACUUCAGCUACGAGCACCAGACGGAGGAGCUGAACCUGUGGAUGAAAGGCUGUCGACAGGCGCUGCUGGAACACUACAACUACAUCAUGCAGUCCAUCGGCCUCGCCGUCCUCAUCACCUGGCUGUUUGAGCUGUCAGUGCUGACAGGAGUCCGUUACCUUCAAACGUCCCUGGAAAACGUGCUGCGGCAGGGAGAUCCCAACUCCGAGUCCGACGGCUGGCUGCUGGAAAACAGCUUCAUGGAAACGGCGCGCAUUAACCUGAACAUCAUCAAGAGCCUGGGCAAGAGCAACCAGAUAGACGAAGCCAACAAUGGAGACCCCAAUAUCAAUGUCCCGUCCACUUCCAAAGCACACUAUGGGCCAGACAAUGUGCCACCAAAGCAGAUGAGUGAAUCCAGUUGAUCUCACAGCUGGCACAGAAGCCUCAGUGAGCAACAUUAUACUGACACACUGACCGCCGACGUACCCAGACGACUAAAAAUACAUGCAUAUGUAAGCAGGAACAGCUGUUUGUGUGUGUGUGUGUUUUGCCUUUUUUUAACUUUUUCCAAACACAAAACCAUACAUUCUUGAUACAACCGAUCACCACGAAUGUGCACAUUUUACAAUACAUGUACACAACUGUACUGUAAUCUGUUUACAAAUGAUAUUUUACUGUUGCCUGUGUCGAAAACGCAAUGUUUCAUACAACCUUUUUUGUUGCAGCGCUGGAAUUCAAAACGAAGUUGCAUUUAAGCUUGAAUUAAAGAAAGAACUCAGAGAAUGGAAGACGCCGCCAAGGUAAACUAUUAAAAAGACAAAUCUGGCCUGAUCAUUUCUACUAUGGGUCAUAACCUACAUCCUGUAAGUAAUGCUGUUCUUAGGCAGACAAAUACUGGCAAACACCCUCCUUGACGUAGUUGAUUAAUGAUGUGGAGAAGUUUGAGCAGCCGUGUCUGCAAACCUAGGGAGAGUUUAUUAUUAUUUUAUCUCAAGUUUCAAGCAUUUCACGUACACAAAAAGAGCAUGGGCUGAUUUGGCCUCGUGUUAAAUACAGUAGUUGGAGCUGGAAGAUGUUUUGGAUGAUGGUGCCAUCUUCAUUAUCUAUUCUGUGCAUUUCCAUUAGCACAUGGGGGGGGGGGGGUUUGGUGCAGUAGGUUAGCAAACAAAGGUCCACCAAGGGUAGUAAAUGAUAUAAUACACUGAUAAUAGUUAUUAUCAAUUAAUAGUUAGUAUUUUCAACAUUUACACAUAAAAACAGACAAAGAUCCAUGAGUAAUUGAGCCACCAUGUGCCUCAGCAAUGAUCUUAUUUGUCCUUAUUUGUUCACCUUCAUCCACUCGAAUAUCUUUUGUUUAUUUGCUGAUGGCUUUGUCUCACGGGAAAGAAAGAACAUGAGGUUGCUAUGUGUG